AUGCCUUUUGGUGUUACUAAUGCGCCAGGAGUAUUUAUGGAAUACAUGAACCGUACCUUUCAUACUUAUUUGGAUCGGUUUGUGGUAGUAUUUAUCAAUGACAUUUUAAUUUACUCUAAAUCGGAAGAAGAGCAUGCUGAACAUUUGAGAAUAGUAUUGCAUGUUUUGAAGGAGAAGAAGUUAUAUGCAAAGAUGUCCAAAUGCGAAUUCUGGUUAAAGGAGAUUAGUUUUCUUGGUCAUGUUAUUUCAGGUAGUGGCAUUGCUGUGGAUCCAUCUAAAGUAGAUGUUGUGUUGCAAUGGGAUACUCCAAAGUUGGGGUCAGAAAUUAGAAGCUUUUUGGGACUGGCUGGUUAUUAUAGAAGGUUUAUUAAAGGUUUUUCCAAGUUAGCACUUCUGUUAACGAAGCUGACUUAUAAAGGCAGAGCGUUUGUGUGGGAUAUUCAGUCUGAAGAAAAUUUUACCGAAUUGAAGAGAAAAUUGACGAUAGCUCCUAUUUUGACGUUACCUAAUCCGGGAGAGUCUUUUAUAGUGUAUUGUGAUGCUUCUAAGAUGGGUUUAGGAGGUGUACUCAUGGAGAAUGAUAAGUUAGUUGCUUAUGCGUCAAAACAGUUGAGAAUUCAUGAAAAGAACUAUCCUACGCAUGAUUUAGGGCUUGCUGCAGUUUUUUUUUUGUGCUGA